UGGCCGCCACCUCCAGCUGUCUCCUUGCCUCGCACCAGGUCUUACCCUUCCAGUAUGUUCCUUCUGAUGAGACAAUUUCCAGUGCCGAGAGUUUCAGUACAAUGUGGAAAUGGAUUCUGACACAUUGUGCCUCAGCCUUUCCCCACCUGUCCGGCUGCUGCUGCUGCUUCUUGUUGCUCUUCUUGGUGUCUUCCGUCCCUGUCACCUGCCAAGCCCUCGAUCAGGACAUGGUGUCACCAGGGGCCACCAACUCCUCUUCUUCCUCCUCGUCCUCGUCCGUCUCCUUGCCUUCCAGUGCGGGGAGGCAUGUGCGGAGCUACAAUCACCUCCAAGGAGAUGUCCGCUGGAGAAAGCUAUUCUCUUUCACCAAGUACUUUCUCAAGAUUGAGAACGGGAAGGUCAGCGGUACCAAGAAGGAGAACUGCCCGUACAGUAUCCUGGAGAUAACUUCAGUGGAAAUCGGAGUUGUUGCUGUGAAAGCUAUUAACAGCAACUAUUAUUUAGCCAUGAACAAGAAGGGGAAACUCUAUGGCUCGAAAGAAUUUAAUAAUGACUGUAAGCUGAAGGAGAGGAUAGAGGAAAACGGAUACAAUACCUAUGCAUCUUUUAACUGGCAGCACAAUGGGAGGCAAAUGUAUGUGGCAUUGAAUGGAAAAGGAGCUCCUAGAAGAGGACAGAAAACACGAAGGAAAAACACCUCAGCUCAUUUUCUUCCAAUGGUGGUACACUCAUAGAAGAAGGCAGUGUUUGCAGAUGCAGUAUAACCAAAGGCUCUUUAUGAGGCAUAGUUGGUAUUCUUUAUGAAGACAGUACUUCACAAGGCAAAGACACACUGCAAAUGUCUGCUUGCUUGAAAGAAAGGAGGCCUUUGAAGGUUUUUGUACUCUCUACUGACAUAUGAUGUUCUCUUAAUUAGUUCUGUGUCCUGCCUUGUGAUCACAAU